AUGUUCGCAUCCUUAAAGAGGUGGAAAUGCGAGACACCGGCCCCUUUGGAGUCAGCAAAGGACACAAGUGGAAGUGGCGAUGGGUCUUUCAAGUUGGAAUCUCCUGCUUCACCCGCCUUUCCGGAAGUGACUUCACUUCGUCUAGCCGAGGCUGUGAUUCGAAUCGGAGAUCACGUGACUGCGGCUGUGUUGGGUGGAAGAAAUCAGGAUCGCGCUGCGAAGCCUGCUUCCACCCGCGCCUCCCCGAAGAGGAUAGCCCCGCUGCCGCUGUCAGACGACCCGCUCACCCCCAUAAGCAACGUAGUCGCGCUACGCAGGGCACGUCCUGCUGACGACUCGUCUCCCAGCAACUACCAUUAA